AGCGGUAGACGCACUGUGUCUCUUGCAGGCUGCCUUCCCAGGGCUGCUCUGGGCACAAGUUCCUGGGCUCCCUCCUCCCGCCUCAGCUCAGGCACUGCCGCCAGGGGGCGCCGCGGAGCCCGCGCACCCCUUGCAUGUGUUCUCCAGCCCCGGCUUGGAGGGAGCGCAGCAAAUGUGGGCUGGGGGAUCUGUGAUCUGUGCCCCAUCACACAAGGUAAGGGUCACCACGAGAGGAGGAGCACUCGCUCGCGCCAGGCUCUGAGAGCCGACUUCCCGGAAGAUCGUCCCCCUCGGAAACAAGUCCGCCACUUCCGGAAGCCUCCAGUGCCCUCCCAGGUAGAACACUUUUCCUCCUGGGGAGUUGUCCUCACGGCUGAGCUUAGGUGGCUGACGGGGAGAGAAACAGAGACCCGCAGGUUCUUCCUAUGAAAAGAAAAAAUAUCCACCAAGGGAAGACUCACGGCCCUUUUCCACAACAUCCUGGACUCUGCCGGACUAAAUCUUCCCAAUUGCUGGAAAGAGGAUUUGCUGAAACGUGUGCCUAGGAAUACAGGAGUUUUCAGUGUCUGGACCCUGAAGAAGGAAAGAAAGACCUCGGAACAGCCUAUCUUUCCAUAGUGUGCCAGCUCAGUACCAAAGGGCUCAGGGAAGCCGUGCAAGAAGGUCUUGAUGUCCCUUGUGAUCACUGAUAUUUGAGAUCCAGAAGUCUCCGCAUGGCUCCUUAUCACAUCCGCCAGUACCAGGAGAGGGACCACAAAAGGGUCCUGGAAUUGUUCUCCAGGGGCAUGGAGGAGCAUGUCCCUGCCAUCUUCCGCCGUAUGUUGACACUGCCCCGAACCCUCCUGCCCUUACUUGGGGUGCUCGUAACCAUAGCCCUGGUGUCUGGCUCCUGGCUCCUGGCCACAGUGUGCAGCUUCCUCGUGCUCUUUUGCCUGUGGCUCCUUAUCUGGCUUGUUUGCAGAGAUUAUGUGGCUACAUGUUUUCACACAGACCUGGCUGACAUCACCAAGUCCUACCUGAAUGCACGUGGCUCCUUCUGGGUGGCUGAGUCUGGGGACCAGGUGGUGGGUACAGUGGGCUGUCUGCCAGUCAAGGAUCCCCCCUCAGGAAAGAAGCAACUGCAGCUCUUCCGCCUGUCUGUGUCCUCAGAGCAUCGAGGACAGGGGAUAGCGAAAGCCCUGGUCAGAACUGUCCUCCAGUUUGCAAGGGACCAGGGCUACAGUGACGUGGUCCUUGAGACUAGCAUUGUGCAGUAUAGCGCGUUGGCUCUCUACCAGGCCAUGGGCUUCCAGAAGACAGAUGAGUACUUUGCCAGCAUAACCAUGAGGCUAAUGGCUCUCUCUAUCUUUCGCUUCACUUACUCUCUCCCUUUUGCCUGGGAGCCAGGGAUGUGAUCAUUUUCUUUGUUUGUCUCUGAGGCUCCAGUUUGCUCUGCUGUAGGAACAAGCAAACCCUGGUAGUUUUCUGCUGCCCGGCACACGAGCUCACUUUUCCUUCCUUUCCGAUCCAGCCUUGCUGGUGGUGAGGUGUGGGUGUUGGCAACCGGUCCCAUUCUGCCCUUUUAGGUCACUCUUCGAUCUUUCUAGUGCUGUGAUAAUACAGCGCAGCACCCAGCCUGAGCCGAUACUGCACGCAUUUCAUGUAUGAGUCUAUUAGUUUCAGCUAGGUGGUUGCAGAUGUUCCAACAGUCCAGUCAAGAUGUAGGAUCUUUGCAGAGAGGCCAAAAUGAACACAGAAAGGAGCAAAGGUUUUCCUGGGACACCAAACUUGUCACUUAUGGGAAGAUGUAAGACUUGCAUAGAAAUGGAGCCUCCUCUGGUAGAGGCACAGCACAGUCAUGGGUCAGGGUGACCCUGUGAGGACUGGAGCAGUGAAGCAUUUAACUUACUCCUAAGCCACCUUUGUGCCAGGG